CAAAGACAAGAUCAAAAAGAGAGCAUGGUUCUGGCUACAGGCUGAGCUCUCCGACUGUCGAAAUAAAGCGCGAGACGCCAGAGAAAACCUCCAACUUGCGCUCCAAUCAAUCAAUGCUCAAUCUAUCACUCGUAAUCUAGGAAGCUCGUUUUGCAAAUCGAGAGUCUGAGCAUGCAGAUGGUUCCGAAUGUACAACGGCUUGAAAGCUCUACAGGUACUGGAGACGCUCCGGAGAGCCCGACAUAUAAAGAUGAGAGGUCACCACUCCUUGGUGAAGACUCAGCAGCACUCCAAGAUGACAAAACUCUACAAGCUGUAGCUGUGAGACAAACCCAACAAGCCUUAUCGAACCCUCAAGCAUCAGCAACCGCUGGAGUAUCAACCCAUCAGGCCACGAAUGUUGUUUCGAGUAUCUUUAACCAAACAUCAGGCCUUCUGCAAGACCGGUGCCCAAUUCCAUGUUGCUGUCGGUGCCAUGCUUCGAAGCCAGUCUCGUAUACUCCCACGAGAUGGGCUCGAAGCCUAGUGGGCAGUCUCAAUCUCAGUUUCAACCGUCAAUUAACUUUCCAAAACAACACGAAAUGCACUGAGGAUAGCUGCAAGAACAGAGCAGGAACAUCGAUAAUAGUCGAGUAUCAGUUCCCGCUUUGGCUAUGUUCCAGAGCAGUCCAAAUGCAGACCUUGGUGGGCGUUACGACUGGGCUGCGAGUGUCACUUAGACCUGCUAGGGUUCUCCCUUUUAGUUCGAGUUUCUGGCGUUUGAUUGAUUCUGAUUGUUCUGAGAGCUCAAAAGUAACAGUCCAACAGUGGAUGUUACAUCAUGGAAAUGUGUUUCCAGGUGACGCGAGCCCUAACGGCGUGACUGCCUUGGAGUGGGUCAUAGGUCAAGGAACAACCGAUGUAUUUCUCUACUUGUUCCAGAUCUGGGAAGACCAGAUACUGAAUGGAAAUUACGAUGACUCUUGGUUUUAUGAGGCGCACGAUAAGAUUGCGAACACGGCUUCUCUACCCGAACAGAAAAUGCAAGUGCUCACUCGAAUUUUGUCUGCUGGUAAAUGGACCGUGAAUGCCAGUCAGACCCCGCUGCAUGAUGCCCUUUGCAGGGGUGAUUUCGACGCUGCGUUCCGAGCUGCCAAAGAUUUCAGUUGGGCCCUCAAUCAGCGGAACUACGAAGGCAACACGCCGUUACACAUCGCUGCAACACAAGGUCAUCUCAAUAGCGUCAAAAAUCUCGUGCAAUUAGGUUGUGAUAUCAACGAGGCCAACUGGACGGGUCGUACAGCUCUAAUGCUUGCUUCUAAAGGCGGCCAUAUACUCACGGUGCAAUACCUGAUUGAUGCUGGUAGCUGGGUUAAUGCCACUGACAGAGGGGGCGAUACUGCGAUGAUGGUUGCUGCCACGGCGGGGCACAACAAUCUAGCCGCAAUCAUUCAAUCUCUAAUCCGUGCGGGAGCAUCAGUAAACAUUACUGACCAACAAGGGUUUCAUGCCAUCCAUCAUCUUACUUCGUCUUACAACAAAGGCCGUGUCAUUCGAGAGAGCUUAAGAGUCCUUAUGGAAGCCGGCGCUGACAUCGAAUCCCGAAAUCGUCCUGGGAGAACUCCGCUCUUGGUCUCGAUUCAGAGCGGAGAUCGCAGAGGUACGCAAUGCCUGAUUGAGGCAGGAGCCAAGACGACAUACGUAACACGCGAUGGUUGGGGCUUGCUUCACGAAGCAGCUUUAUAUGGAACCACGAAGACGCUUCGAUACCUUUCAACUCUUAACUUACAGACUAUAAACACGGGUUUGCGUACCGGCGACGGAGAAACGCCUUGGGAUUACUUGGUUUUCUCAAUUCAUGCGCAGGAUUGGCAACGUGCAGGGACCUUAACGCUGACCUCAAAACGACAAGAAGCGUUUGUCUCAUUGUUCAGAUCAAUCAGGGAUAGAAAUUUGACGCUUGAUAUAGAGCGGCUGGAUUGGCUACUACAAUAUUUGAAAGAUAGGGAUCGACGAGGCGCCAUAGCUGCAUUGAGCCCUCUGAUCAAGCAAAAAGAAGAUUGGAAGCGAUGGGAAAUUCUUGGUACAUAUAAAGCCAUCGGCUUACAGGUCCGAGAAGAGAUGUGGGAGGCAGCAGUUGAGUCUGUUGAAGAGGUUAUCGACUGCUUGCGAGAAAGAAUGGCCACAUCCCCGUGCGACAGCGAAUCGUACUACGAUCCAAUUACUCAUACCAUAUACCGAGCCAGAGAACUUGUAUGAUUUUCAAGCUAUCACGGCCGGAUUCCAACAUGAUGGAUGGGAAGGCACAGCCACUGAAUGAUG